AAGGAAGUUUCAAUGGGGUGACGGCUUCUAUGCCUGACGGUUGAAUUUUUUGACCGUUUAAUUUUACGACGAAAGGUUUAGUCAUUGAGACCCUCUUCACAGAGAACAAGAAGUUAACCAAGUCUAAGCAAACAAGCUCUUAAGGAAAGUGUUAGCAAAUGGCGUCCAUCUUUGAGCCAUCAGCGGAAAAAACUAACGGUACAAAGUUAGCGCGACUGCUAAUUGAUGGAGGUACACAAGGACUUAAAAACGUUCUAGAGUCUUUCAUACAUCCGCCUUCAACAUUACAAAUUAUGUUAAACAACAACAAGGCAACCCUCGUCAACUUAAAGAGCAGAAGUAUACUAAAUGAUAGUCAGUGGGAAAGGCUUUUUCCUCCAUCAGGUGACCCACCAGACUCUAACACAUUUGAUAUCACUCUUCUACAUUUACUGCUCCGAAAAGUCUGUCCUGCUUUGACUGAACCUGCGACAGGAUGGAACGAAAUGCCUGCAGACGCAGAUCACAGUCGCGAAGCAGAGAUCGCCCGGAUUAAAUACUUUCGAAACAGAUUGUGUCAUAGCAUUUCCACCGGUGUUCCUAAUGACGAGUUUGAAGACAAAUGGAACACAAUUUCUCCUUCUUUAGUGGCCUUAGGGGUCGAUCAGCUGGAAAUAAACUGCCUAAAAACACAAGACAUCGAUCAUGGUACACAGCGAAGGAUCGAUGAGGAAAUAGAGAAAUGGAAGCUUGAAUUUGAACCAAGAAUGAAGGUUUUAGAGCACGAAGUACAGCAGUUAAAAGGACAAAUUUCAAAUGACAAGCGGCCCAGUUCAGAGCAGAGCGGGUCUCUUGAGCUUCCCAAUUGUCUUCCAGAUGAGGCUCAAGAUGUGUUCGGCCGCUCGGAAGAAAUUCAACGAGCUGUAGGAUUUGUUCAAAGCGGAACAGUCUCUAUUGUUGCCUUAACCGGUGGACCUGGCUUCGGGAAGACCACAGUGGCUAACAAAGUGGCCCACGAGCUUGCCAAACGCAAAAACAGCCGAACUGUGUUAUAUUGCUCACUAACCUUCCAAUCAUCGCUAAACGACAUAUUUACCAAGAUGAUUCUUGCCUGCAGCAAAAGCCUUUCUCAGCCGACAGAGCAUCCCAAACAUUGGCUUCUGAACUGGAGCAAACAGCAAUCUGGGAAAGUCACAUUGAUUCUAGACAGCGCUGAUCGUGUCCUCGAGUCAGAAGAUCGACACAAAUUUGUGGAUAUGUUACGGGAAAUGAGAACCUUGUCAAGGCAAAAUCUAACUUUUAUUACCACGUCUAGAAAAACAGUUAAUGCACCCAGUCGUGAUUUAAAUAUCCGAAACAUUAGAUUGAGUUCUCUCUCUUUGUCUGAAGCAACCAAUGUUCUUCUUUCAAAGGUUGGCGAUUUGGAAACGAGACAGGAGCUCUCCCAAAAAGAAAAAUUGGUCUCACUGUGUGGUUGUGUCCCUUUGGCACUUUGCAUCGUUGGAUCUUUGUUGUCUGACUACAAAGAAGACAAAUUAAUCGACUUUCUCGAAAACAAACCUCUAGAUGUGCUUCAGGACAACGAUUUGUCGGUUGAAAAGGCCAUUAAGACAUCAUUCGAUCUCUUAACUGAAGCAGAACAAAAGGCAUUGGCAAUCAUGUCCGUAUUUCCAGGUUCAUUCGAUUCAGAUGCAGCUGAGGCUGUAAUUACAGCUGUAAUGGUUACUGAAGUUCGGCCAGUUUCGAUUCUCCAAUCACUCAGAAACAGGUCUCUCUUGGAGCAGCCAAGUUCACGCAGAUUUGAAAUUCUUCAGCUUAUCAAAAUGUUUCUAUCGAAAGAUAGUCAAGCUAAGCAUUCACAGGCUGUUACUCGAGGAAAAAAGGAAGCCUGUGCCCACUUCAUUUGUCGACUUGCUUCCAAUGCCAAUAUGUACUGGAGCAAAGAUAAAUGCAAGGAAUCAAUUUUGGAAUUUAGCAAAGACAGACACAACUUCGAGUAUUUCUUGGAAGUUUACAUUGACACGAUAAUGAUCUGUGAAACAGAUUCUCUACAAACCUCCUCCGACUUUUUUCUGAAAAGUUUUCCACAAAAGUGCAUGUAUUUAGAAAUGUGCCUUUUACCUAGCUUCUAUACAAAAAUCUUGGAAGAACUCUGGAAGUACUUCCACUCAAUAAGCCACCCUGUUCACAUCGUUGAAGUUUUGUGCCUUCUAGGACAUGAAAAGAGAAAGGUGGGCAAGAUACCACAGUACAAGUUUCUGAUGAAUCAUGCGAAGCAAACAUAUUCUAAAAACUACAAAGCUUUCAAAACGAAUGGUUUGUCGCACGUCUACUUUUUCAAUAGUUAUGCAUAUUUUCUUGGGGCAUCAACGCUGCCCGGAAAAUAUGAAAUGGUUUCUAAAGUUUAUGAAAUAGCUCUAAUUCUUUGCAAUAGAGAACUCAAUAAACAUCCAGAGACUGCAGCUACUUUGCAGUACAUUGGUCGGCAUCGCAAAAGUAUGGAACAUCUUCAGAAGGCAAUGGACAUGUUUAACCUGUGCCUCGGAGAACAUUUCAUGACAGCUCAGUGUCAUAAAGCCAUCGGAGACUUCUAUUUUGGACCUUCUUUCUACAGGAAGGAUAACAACGAAAUGGAAAAAUGUUUUGAACAUUAUGGGGCUGCACGGACUUUGAUGAGAAAUCUUGGUGUUGGUGACCACAAGGAAAGCAUUUUGACGCUGAAAAACUACGGCGUUUGCUGCAAAAGCAAAGAAAAUUAUCACGAAGCGAUAAGUGUUCUAACGAAAGCAAAACAAGUCGCGGAUAUUGAAUUGGAGGAGGACCACAAAUGGAAAGUGAUGAUUGAAACACAGCUGGCCCUUGUGUAUGACUGCGCUGGAAAUGCAGAAAAAGCGGAACAAAUCAUGGGGAAAGCUCUUAAUAUGAACAAACGCCUGAAGCAGUCAAUUAGCCAGUUAGCAAAUAAAAAAGAGAUCUGGGAAUUCCUGGAGCGUCAUCCACAGGUUUACCAAAAGCUUCCGAUGAGGAUGAAUUCUCGAAGUUAAGGUUGACAACUGUAUCUGUACAAUUAUCCUGUAGUUGUUCAUGAGGUCAAACUGAGGUUGUGCCUAUUUUGGGCAAAGACGCUAUCCCGAUACAAAUUUUUAGGAUACCUGUGGAUUGUAGGUGUAAGAUUUCAAAGAUCACUUAAUACCAUGGAUAAUUUCUUUCACCCUUUUAGUUUCGGUUAAUGAAUGGUUUGUUGAAUUUUUCUAAUAAUUCCUAGUGGUUUAGGUAUAAGGACUAUUGUCAGACCACCAGUCUUCCCCUCCUGCUCCCCUCCCUGCGCUGGCUCUUCGUAGGGUCACGAAGUACCCGCUAGUGGCAUGAGAAUAACUGUGAGCGUGACUAAAAAGCAAAAAGAACCUUAUAAGUCAAAUUACGUCACAGGGAGCAAAAUAAAACCAUGAUAAGGAAAAGAAUCACAGUUAUCUUUCAUUACAGGCUUAUCCUUAGCCGAUUACUUUUUAAUCCUUCCUAAGGAAUGUUUAGUCGAUCGUGGUGUUGUUGAGAAAUAAAUAUCAACACUAAUCGCGA